ACAAAUAAAAGCUUAUAACGUCGUCCGCUCUUAGAGUCCCGCCUCCAACCGCUCGACGGAACUUGGUUUUUGGGUUCUACUGCGCGAGCGCGCGCGCAUGCCGGAGGGAAAAAGCGGAGAAGAGGGAUAAUUGCAUUUUCGUUCCAGACAGGCAGAGUUGUUCAGAGCGCGCGGAGAGAUACUGGGAAGUGGUUGAUCUCACGCCUUCUAGGGGAUUUACCUUUCAAUCUAUUUCUUAUAACGUAAAUUUAUGCAGAGCGCGCCAUGAAACCGGCACAAGCAUGCUCUUUCAAUCGUUUAUUUCUGAAGCCAGGAGGCAUCUUUCCUUUAGAAAGAUGUCCUUUUGGUUUCUUGUCCGGAAAUUCUCAGAAUCUGAAUCUUUGGCCAGAGAAGAAGAGAUUUACUCUCUUUUUCUGCAGAGAUGCGCUCAAGCCUCUUCCGCGUACCAUGGUAGAGCAAUCCAUGCAAAGUUCAUCAAACAAUCUCUUCUUUUCUCUUCGAUUUUUCUCCAUAAUCAUCUGUUGAACAUGUAUGUCAAAUGCGGCGAUCUCGCUGGAGGACUCCACCUGUUUGAAGAAAUGCCCAAGAGGAACGUCGUGUCGUGGUCCGCGGUCAUUGCAGGCUUUGUCCAACACGGCAAUUCCGAGGAGGCUCUGUCUCUGUUUUCCCGGAUGCACCGGGAUGGGAUGAGGCCUAAUGAGUUUACCUUCGUUAGUGCACUCAGUGCUUGCUCAUUAUGUCAAAAUUUGGCUCGGGCUUUCCAAAUUUAUGCCUUGAUUGUUCGGUUAGGAUUCGAAUGGAACAUAUUCUUGAUGAAUUCAUUUUUGACGGCACUUACUCGGCACAAUAAAUUGGUAGAAGCUUUGGAAAUUUUCGAGAGCUGCCCAGAUAAGGAUAUCGUGUCUUGGAACACAAUGCUGGCUGGUUACUUGCAAUUUUCCUACUCCGAAGUUCCGGGGUUUUGGUAUCGCAUGAAUCUUGAGGGAGUGAAGCCUGAUAACUUCACGUUUGCAAGUGUUCUCACUGGUUUGGCUGCUCUUUCCCAUUUGAAAAUGGGAGUGCAAGUGCAUGCACGGCUUGUUAAGUGUGGUCAUGGAUGUGAGAUAUGUGUGGGGAACUCUUUGGUUGAUAUGUACUUGAAAAAUCAGAAUUUAGUGGACGCUUUUAAAGCAUUUGAGGAAAUGCCUUCUAGAGAUGUGGUUUCUUGGACUCAGAUGGCUGCAGGUUGCCUACAGUGUGGGGAAUCGGGCAAGGCACUAAAAGUCAUUGGAGGGAUGAAGAAAACAGGCGUCCAUUUGAACAAAUUUACCCUUGCGACUGCUCUUAAUGCCUGUGCCAAUUUGGCUUCACUAGAGGAGGGGAAGAAGACUCAUGGGUUGAGAAUUAAGCUCGGAGCUGAUGUUGAUGUCUGUGUGGAUAAUGCUUUGCUAGAUAUGUAUUCGAAAUGUGGAUGCAUGGAUGGAGCAUUGGGUGUUUUCCGAUCAAUGGAUGAUCAUUCUGUUGUUUCAUGGACAACUAUGAUCAUGGGGUAUGCACAAAAUGGAAGUUCUAAGAAGGCUAUUGAGAUUUUUGAUGAGAUGAGACUAGAGGGUGUUGAGCCAAAUUUCAUUACCUUUAUUUGUGUGCUCUAUGCAUGUAGCCAAGGAGGGUUCAUUGAUGAAGCAUGGAAGUAUUUCUCCUCCAUGACCCAUGACCACGGAAUCUUUCCUAGAGAAGAUCACUAUGCAUGUUUGGUUGACCUCCUUGGCCGUGCUGGGCGUAUUAAAGAAGCCGAGGAACUUAUAUUAAUGAUGCCAUUUCAACCAACUGUGUUGGUUUGGAAGAUCUUGUUUGGUUCUUGUUGCAUUCAUGGAGAUACGGAGACUGGCUUACGUGCAGCAAAGCAAGCUUUAGAUCUAGACAAAAGAGAUCCUUCAACUUAUGUGUCAUUAUCUAACAUGUUAGCUGGUUUGAGCAAUUGGGAUGGUGUGGGAAUGUUAAGAGAACUAAUGGAAAGUAGGGAUGUAAAGAAAAUGCCUGGGUCUAGUUGGAUUGAGAUAGACAAGAUCCACUUGCUAGCUGCAGUCGAAUUGGCUUGAGAUGGACAAGAAAUAGUUGCCAGCUCAGGCUGCUAAGAGGAUAAUUUAGAAUGAUAAAUACACUUGGUGUUCUUGUGGUUAUUUUACUUUCCAUUGUUUGGUAGUGCACAUAAAAGGAAAAUAGCUUUUAAAGGGAAUAAGUUUGUUUUGUGCCCCUGUGCAGGGGCAGGGGCAGGGGCAUAGCAGUGGCCUCUUUGUUGGAAACCUCUACACCCCAUAUAUGUUGGUGACCAGAUACCAUUGUUCCUAAUUAUUUGCUCUC